AAACAAAUUUAAUCCCCCUACCUUAUAGAAGAAAAUCUCAAAGAUAUUAUGUAUUUAAAGCUUAUUCUAUGUCCCAAAGACCCCCAUAAAUACAUAGGUAUUUUCCUCACUGAAGGCCAUUCUCAAUUAACCAUAGCCAAAAAAGAAGUAACUAAGGUGUAACUAUAAACCCUACAAUGGCUGCUUCCAUCCCUUUCAUCUCUGCUCUCUUCUUGCUCACUCUUAUUUCUCAAGGACAUUGCCAGUGUGAUAAUGUGUCAAAUUUUAUUAUUUCACAAUCUCAAACGGGCCAGAAAAUAGCAAACAAGACAGAAUGGAAUGUGACUAUAAAAAAUGAUUGCUUGUGUACCAGAGGAGAAAUCAAAUUGGACUGCACUGGAUUUCAGAAUGCAGAAAACACUGACCCUUCAGUCCUGAAGGUGAUUGGGAAUGAAUGCCUGAUUAACAAUGGAGGAGUCCUUCACGGGUUUGAAUCAUUCAGUUUCACUUAUGCUUGGGAUACUCAGUUUCAGUUUAAGGCAAAGGACUCUUCUGUUGAGUGUUCUUAAGGGAAGAACAUAUAUAGAGAUUCAUGUCCAUUAGUUAAUUAAAUUUUCUACUUGAUAUGCAUAAUAUUAUAAGAAUAAAGAGUGUAUGUUUUCCCUUUUUCUACAACGUUUGGCUAAUGCCAUAUUAAUGUUAUUCUUAAUGUCUUGGUA